UUUCAAUAUUACCACGCUGCCCCGUCCAAUAAGUAGCUGAACUAGGGUUUUAACGCGAUUUUGGAGUCCAUAGGUGCCACUGUAAUGCUUCACUAGGGUUUUCCAUUCUCGCUGUCUUCCAUGGCGGGUUCUCGUGUUCAGGUGAACAAGGCGCACAAGACAAGGUUCGCCUCGAAAUCAUCUCGUAACAUUCACAAAACUUCUCUUCAGGAUAAAAGCAAGAUCUCUAAAACCGAUCGGAAUGCCGCCAAGGGAGCUCGUAAUGCACGUAUUCAGCGCAAUAAGAUGAUAAGGGAGCAGAAACGGGCUGCCCUCUUGAAAGAAAAAAGGGCCUCCAGCGCAUCAACAAGCCCUCCCCGUGUCAUUGUUCUGUUCGGCCUCUCUGCUUCUGUGAAUUUAAAUUCACUUUCAGAAGAUAUUUUCUCGUUAUUAUCUGCUGAAACUGUGUUUCCGGCUGUAGCUUCUCCUGAGUACAAGCUGAGAACUACGGUCUUGAAAGCACCUCAUGGAGAUCUAUUAUCCUGCAUGGAAAUGGCCAAGGUUGCAGAUUUGAUUGCUUUUGUGGCAUCUGCAAGCUCUUCAUGUGAAGAAAGCAAUUCUAGCUAUUAUAUCGACUCCUUUGGAAAGCAAUGCCUUUCUGUGUUUAGAGUUCUUGGUUUACCAAGUACUGUUGUAUUGAUUCGUGAUCUACCUAGCGAUUUGAAAAGAAGACAUGAUACGAAGAAGACUUGCACUUCUAGCCUUGUUUCUGAAUUUCCCGAGGAUUGUAAGUUCUAUCCUGCAGAUACGAAAGAUGAGUUACACAAGUUCAUGUGGCUUUUUAAGGAGCAAAGGCUGACAGUUCCUCAUUGGCGGGACAAACAUCCUUACCUCAUGGCCCAAAAGGUUGAUUUUGUCACUGAUGGAGGGAAAAGUACACUUCUUCUUACUGGUUAUCUGCGCACCCGUAAUCUCUCAGUUAAUCAGCUGGUUCAUGUCUCUGGUGCAGGGGAUUUUCAGUUGUGCAAAGUUGAACUUCUCAAGGAUCCAUGUCCACUGAAUGCAAGAAAAGAUGGGGAUCUUAUGGAUGCAGAUGAACAUGAUGUGCAGGUUAUAAGGUCUUUGGUCCCUGAUCCUAUGAAACAAGAGCCUUUACUUGUUGAGAAUGUUCCAGACCCUCUUGCAGGAGAGCAGACGUGGCCAACGGAAGCAGAAAUGGCUGACGCUGAUAGAAAUCAACGUGAGAAAAAGCUGAGAAAAAGGACCUUGCCUCGGGGCACUUCCGAGUAUCAGGCUGCUUGGAUUGUUGAUGAUUCAGACGUGGAUGACUCAGAUAGCAAUGAUGAUACAGAUGAUGGUAUGGUGUUGGACAGAAAUGUUAGUGGCUUUGUAGAUCAAGAAUGCAAUGAUAAAUUGGACCUUGACGAUGACCAGGCUUCUCUUCAACUAGAGUCAGAUGAAGAAACUGAAGUUGGUUCAGUGGUAAUGGAAGGUGAAAACUUUACAAAAGAGCAAAUAGAGGAUGAGAUUCGCAAAAUUAAAGAAGCACAUGCUGAAGAUGAGGAAUUCCCUGAUGAAGUGGAUACCCCAAUAGAUGUUCCUGCUCGAAGGCGUUUUGCUAAGUUUAGAGGUCUGAAGUCCUUCAGGACGUCUUCGUGGGACCCCAAAGAAUCUCUACCCCCAGAAUAUGCAAAGAUAUUUGCUUUCGAUAAUUUCUCAAGAACACAAAAACAUGUCCUUGCAAAAGCUCUGGACACAGAGCAAGGGGACAUUGAUGACUGCAUACCAGCAAGUUCUUACGCAAGACUUCAUAUCAAGGAAGUGCCAACAGGUGUUGCUUCUAAACUAUGUAGGCUUGCAAACACAAUGCCUAUUAUAGCAUGUGGCCUCUUGCAACACGAGUCUAAAGUUUCAGUUCUUCACUUCAGUGUAAAGAAGCAUGACACUUACACUGCCCCCAUCAAAUCUAAAGAAGAACUAAUAUUUCAUGUGGGGUUUCGCCAAUUCAUUUGUAGGCCGAUAUUUUCUACGGACAAUACAAAUUCAGACAAGCACAAGAUGGAGAGGUUUCUUCAUGCAGGACAGUUUUCAGUAGCUUCGAUAUAUGCUCCAAUUUCUUUUCCUCCUCUUCCUUUGGUUGUACUGAAGAGGGAGCCAACUUCUGCAUCACUUUCAGUUGCUGCUGUUGGUUCAUUGAGGAGUAUCGAUCCCGAUAGGAUUAUCUUGAAGAGAAUCAUUUUAACUGGUUAUCCUCAGCGAGUAUCGAAGAAAAAAGCUACAGUAAAAUACAUGUUCCAUAAACCAGAGGAUGUGAGAUGGUUCAAGCCAGUCGAAGUAUGGACAAAAUGUGGUCGACGUGGACGCAUCACGGAACCUCUUGGUACACAUGGGGCAAUGAAGUGUAUUUUGAAUGGGGUCCUUCAGCAGCACGACACUGUAUGCAUGAGUUUGUACAAACGCAUGUAUCCUAAGUGGCCACAACAUUGGUUCCCACUCGACGCUUGAAUAGAUGACGCCUGGCGCGGAUUCUGGUUUCGAUUCUCUGGAAAAAAACAGCAGAGAGAAUUUAUGUUAGACACCAAGGGGAAUGAAGCUCUGGUUCCGAUUCACAGUUCAAGUUUUGUGUUUGCCUUAUGAGUUAUGUGCUCAGUGAGAUGCGAGUUCGGUGUUUCCUCAUUACAAUUGGAGAAGCAAAAAGUUUUGCCGGUGUGUUGCUGUAGUCAUUGUGCUAUGUUAUUCUUUUGGUUGCAAAACAUAUUUAUGCGGAAACUUUCGAAUGUAAUUUAUACAGAUUUGUUUCUUUUCUUUUUUUCUGUACUUUAAAACUUGUUAGAUCACUGCCUAUCUGUAGAGACUGCAUUUUGAUCUUUCAAGUUCUUACUGAGCAAAUUACAUAUGUUUUAUAUGUAAUAGAGUGGAAAUAUUUGGAGACGGGCACGUAAAGUUGGUCUAUUUAUAA